GACAGAACAGAGGAAGAGAAAGAGAGGGGAAGAGAGAAAAUCUCGUCAUGUCCCUCUUCUUGUUCUCUGUUUAGUGAACUCGCAGCGUUGCGCAGAUAAUGUCCGAGAAUGUCCAUUUCUGGGACUUUGAGCAACUAUUACGUGGACUCCAUCAUAAGUCACGAGAGCGAUGAACUCUCAGCCCCGACUCGCUUCCCCAGCGUCCAGUACUCCGGCUCCAGCUCCGCAGCAGCUGCGGGCGGGAGGCAGCCUGGAGGCGCUGCGCACCCGGAGCAUCCCCAUCCAGAUCCGUACCCAUCCUGCAGCUUCCAGCCGAAGCCCCCGGUCUUCUCGCCGUCCUGGAGCCCUUUCAGUCCGCACCACGGUGCCAGUGGCCUCCCCACCGUCUACCACCCGUACAUCCCAGCCCAGCACGUGCCCGCCGCGGACACUCGGUACCUACGGUCGUGGCUUGACUGCGCGCCGCGCGGCCCCGAGUCCGUCCCGGGCCAGGGGCAGACGGGGCAGGUCAAGCUGGAGCCGCAGCUCGCCCACCUCGGCGGGGAGAUCGCGGCCAAAAUCGGCGGGCAGCACCAGCACGAGACCACCACGUACAUCCUGGAGUCAACUUCCACGGCUGCGCGCGAGCUGAGCCUCCAUCCAGCCGCCAUCCCGGGAGGACGGUUCGAGGAAAAUAAGGACAUUUGUGAAGGGAGUGAGGACAAAGACGGCCUGGAUCAAACUGACCCCUCGGCCAACUGGCUACAUGCUCGCUCCUCCAGGAAGAAGCGAUGCCCGUACACCAAAUACCAGACUCUGGAGCUGGAGAAGGAGUUCCUGUUCAACAUGUACCUCACGCGGGACCGGCGGCAUGAGGUGGCGCGCGCACUCAACCUGACGGAACGGCAGGUGAAGAUCUGGUUCCAGAACCGGAGGAUGAAAAUGAAGAAACAGAGCAAGGAGCAGCCCAAGGACUAGCGGAGCUGCCUCACAACACAUUCCCGACCAUAGACUGUGAAUAAAGAUGGGCAACACGACAGCUCCACAAAAGUGAACCCAAAAAAUCUUGAUCACCCCUAGUGGCUGACUGCAGUAUUGGUCAUAAAACCUGAAUCCUCCUUGUUAGUGGAUGGGGCAUGGACCAAACUAAAGAGUCAAAGUACACGUACAUUUUGUUUUCUCAAAGAUGGUUUCUGUCAUGUUGGGUAGUUCUUAUCACACGGAUGUACUUCACUACACGAUCACUACUGCACAGACAUUUCUCCAAAUGGCGGGAAGAGUGCAAGAUGGCGGCACCCGUCUUCGAGAUAUUUCAGCUUGCUUUUUGUACAAUGAAAGUGGAGACGCGUCGUCCAUCUUUACAUACAGUCUAUGAUUCCGUAGCACAUUCACGCAACAUAAAGCUAUAGAGUCAACAACACGAAAUGGCCUUUCCGAGAACUGCAAACGUAGCAUGCUCCCACAGACCCACUGUUUCUAAUGUACAACUGAUCAAUUGCUCAAUUGAUCCCUAACAUGGGGCGAGGACUCGGCCACAUUAACACAGACGUCUUAACUUCCAGGACGGGAAAGACAGAAAGGGGCUGAAACUUAAGACUUUGGACUUCUCUGAAUUUGUGUUAGUGCCCCAGCAACAUCCAGACCAACAUCACUUCUUCAUCAUGGACAUUCCCCUUGUGAAAUGGCUUGGACUCCAUGUAAAACAGUUUUUAUAUAAAGAGGUAGCUUUGUGGCUCUUGCAUAUCCAUAGUUUAAUAUUAUGCUAUUAAUUAGACUCUGAUAAUUGGCUGCAUUAUUAAAGGAAAGAAAGCAGCAAACCGCUUAUAGUGAUGCGCCAGCAGUCUGGAGCGGGGGUGGGGGUUGAAGUUGUGUGCGUGUGUUGGUGUGUGCGUGUGUGUGUGUGUGGUGGACGGGCGGCAGAUACAGCACAGGCGGAGUUCUUUUUCUUGCCUCAAGCACUACUCUUCCUCUUAUUGGUUAUUUAUUGUCCCGUCGCUGACACCGGAGGCGCGCGAAGGUGCUGAAACCAGGGUUUCACAUGACCAUUAAUAAGCAAGGGUGGGGGGGGUACACACACACACACACACACACACACACACACACACACACACACACACACACACUUUUCUUUUCCUUCUCCUCUUGUUUAUCUCAUUGACGGCCGAGUUUGAUUGAAAGCGCCCGAUGGUCGGCGUUGAUACAGUCAGCGAGCCGCCGUCUGUUUCCCGCUUGUCGGCCUAAGUAAUGAGCAC